CAUCGCUCUACUAGACGAUCUGUGCAGCUAGCAGUGGUGCUAAGCUAACCAGCGGUCGGUGGAGUCGGUGGUGACCGGGCAGAGUCGUUCCGCCUCCGGUAUGAUGCCAGGUGACAGCGACAUGAGCUCCAUCGUCCAGAGAAUCGCCCGCCAGGCUCUCGCCACGUUCCGCAACCAGCCCCAGGUCGGAGGGGCCGACGCCGGGAAGUGUUUUCUGGAGAACCUCGGUGAGCUCAAAAGUCUGAUGACGGAAGUGCGAGCGGCGGACCUGAAGCUCGCCCCGCGGAGAGCCGAGGACAGCCCGUCCGGUGUGGCCCCGGCGCUCCCCUACCCCCACGGAGCGCCGCCGGUCACCUACAUGCACAUCUGCGAGACUGACCACUUCAGUAUGGGGGUGUUCCUGCUGAAGAGCGGAGCCUCCAUCCCGCUGCACGACCACCCGGAGAUGCACGGUGUCCUCAAGGUCCUGUACGGGAAGGUCAGGAUCCGCUGCUUCGACCGGCUGGAGCGGCCGAGCAGCGGCUCCACUGCGGCGCCCCUGCCGGCCCAGGUGGGCUCUCUGCGGCGCUCCGUGCUCCGCUCCACCGGGGAGUUCACGGAGGAGUGCGGGCCCUGCGUCCUCUCCCCUGACCGGGACAACCUCCACCAGAUCGACGCUGUGGACGGCCCCACGGCGUUCAUGGACAUCCUGGCCCCGCCGUACGACCCGGACGACGGCCGGGACUGUCACUACUACCGGGUCCUGGAGGCGGAUCCCGCGGAGCAGAAGGAGAAGGAGCUCUGGCUCAUGGAGAUCUCACAGCCGCCGGACUUCUGGUGCGGAGGAGAACCGUACCCGGGCCCGGAGGUCUCCCUCUGAUACGUCCGAAUAACGUCUUCUUCUUUCGGCCUGGUCUGGUUCAGUGACCUCGGACAAACUGGGGCUAAAUCUGUAAUCCAUGUGUGUGUGGAGCAUGUUGAGCCGUGCCGGGCCGUGCCAGGCCAGACUGAGGGUCAACACCUCAUGAAUGUAUCGGUGCAGGUGGAGGAAACCGCCUGGUGGACUGUGCUGCAAAGAUUGAAUUGAAUUAAAAUUAUAAUAAUAUUCGAGAAAGUUUCCUCUAUCAGCUUCUGAGGCUCCUCUAACCUCCUCCAUCAGAAAGGGACUCAAACCAUUUACAUUAGGUUUUGCUCCUUCACCAUUAAUUCAGUUAGAAAACAGUUCCGCCUCUGAGUUGAGGAGCAGCUAAAACUUAGUUUUACACACACACACUUCUGUCCUGGAUCCAGUUUGAUUCCACGAGAAACUGAAGAAAUGUUUCAUCUUCAGGUUAAAGGGUUCAAAAACAGAAAAGUCCCUUGAUUGGACUUUGAGCAGACGAAUGUGUACAAACAAAAUAGUAAUAAAAAAGACCCCAGAGAGAUUAUUGAUGCCAAGAGCUGAAAGAUUGAUGAUGUGCAGGGGCCUGAUGCUGCGUUCAAGAAGAGUCGGAGGUCGCUGCUUCUAGUUUGUAUUCCAACUAAAUUCAGGGGAAACUCAUUGAAAGAGUUUCUGUGAAAUCUAGGGACAUCCUGCAUGAAAGAACACUGAAUUAUAUGGCUUAAUUAUCAAUUGUACUGGGAUUUCCAGACGUGUGACUGCACCUGAACGCAGCAUUAACCUGCCCUGAGCUGAAAUGUCCCUGCUGCUGGUGGAAGUUGCCCUGGGCCACUGAGGUUAAGGCAUCCAUGUUUGUUAAUCGUCUUCCUGCUUAAGGUUUAGUCCUGUUUAUUUGUCAGAUGGAAAAAAAAAACGUGUGAAUCUUCAGGUUUAUUCUUUAGUUUUGACAGAAAAUCGUCUAAAGCUGCAGGUUUUCUUGUGAUUAGGCCUCGAGAGUUUGCUCCUCGGGGCUGUUUGUGAUUCGCUGACUGAUUGUGUGUAAAGAUGUGCACUAGUUCCCUCGCUUGAGCUCCAGCGUCGGAGAAGACCGAAUAAGAAGUUGUUCAUGUCACAGUUGGAGGUUUUGGAUUUAAUCAGACAUUCGAGGAGAAUGUGAAGCUGUUUUCAGACGUGAAACAUCUGGAGAAUAUGGUCUGUUGGCCUUUCUCACCAAAAGCUCUGGAAUCCAAGUUGACGUCUUCAUCUUCUGCGUGUAUGGCUCUUCUUCUUCAUCCAGAGAUAUUUGUGUUCUUCCAGUUUCACGGCCAUCCUGGGUUUGAAACCUCAUCAACACGUCCACUCUCCCACUGUGGAUUUUCCAGACAUUCAAGGCUGCAGGAAAAGUUCCAGAAAUUAGCCAGAGACACUGACUCAGACAUUUGUUCUCACACACAGAACCUCCAGAACAUUUCAGGAACUUGUCCAGACUCCAGGUCUGAAAACAACUUGAUGGUGUGAUUUAUAAUAAUGGAAACAAACUGCUGAACAAAUCUGCUACUAAAAAAAUCAGCACUUAAAAGUGAAAUAAUAUGAAGGUUCGGUGAAAGGCGACAGAAAAGCACUUAGAGCCACGUGAAGAGUUCAGCUCCUGAAAUGUGGGAGAUAGAGACUAUGAAAUGAUUCAUCUUAUAUUCUACUCUAUUUUUUGAAAAUAGUGAAAACUUACCAGAGUUGCUGCAUGAUUGAAUUUCUGAAUGUUGAUUCGCAGACGACUGGUCCUUUAAUCAGCUCUUGAAAUCAGACCAGAGAAUCUGAUUCUGUAUCGAUGUUUCUGCCAUGAAGAUUUUCUCUGUUCAUAUAAAGCGUGCUGUUUAUUUUG